UUACCUUUUACGACAAUUUAAUUAUCAAGUCAGCUAAAAUAUUUACCUGCUGUGUUUUCCCGUUUUCCUCCGCAAUUUGCGAUAGUAGUGAUAUUUUGGGAAAAAAAUAGCGUAAUUUACUUGUUAACAAUAAUUUCAGAUUGGUACAGAUUGAAAGAAAAAGAUCAUUUUUGUAAAUACUGACGAGAGAUGUCAAACUUCGAUGAGACAAGCGAAGUUGCAGCAUGUACAACAGUGUGGGGUCGCUGGUAUCAGACCAUGGAUGAGGUGUAUGUAGAAGUUAACCUGGAGGAGGGAACCAUUGGAAAACAGGUCAAAGUCAACAUAAUGCCAAAACGAUUACAUGUAUCAGUAAAAGGAGAAACAGUUAUAGAGGGAGAUCUAACAGCUACUGUAAAAAGUGACGACAGCGUUUGGACUAUAGGUAAAUACUUCUUUCUUUAUCGGGGUUUAAAAGUACCUGUAAAUCCAAGUAUCUGUCAAGUUGCAUACUAUAUAUAUACUACUGUACACAACAGAUUAUAUAUACAUAGUAUACAUGUGAAUCUGGACACGUGUUUCUUCUGCUUGCAGAAUCCUGGGAUGGACUUCAGUAAUGCCGAGAUAACUGGAAACUAUCAUACUGGUGGACCAGAAUUACCAGGAAGUUAGCUAUUACAUUAUCAACAUGAACAUCUUCAUCAGUGCUCUUAAAAACAACCAAUUUAACC